AAGUUUGAGUACUUAGCCGCCCCAGGAGGGUGGGUCUGGAAGUGGGCUUCCUCUUUUUCCUGGUCCCGUCCCUACCCCAGCCGGCGCUGCGAUUCUGUGGAGUGUCCCAAUCGGUUAAAGGCUGAAGCAGGUAUGGAGAAAAGCAAGUCUACCCAGGCCUUCAACAUCAUGUGCAGGCAUUGAAACAUGUCCCAGGAAGAAUGCAGGAAAUCUUGAGGGUCAGCAACUGAGUGAGCACCAACUAGCCAAGACCAGUUUCAAUAGUGGUGCCCUGUGCACAGCCUGGAAUCCUCUGCAGGAUCCCUGAUGCCACACAUGGCUGUUCGUGGGCUCUUGGCACUCCUGUUCAUUCUCCUGGCUGCUGGGGCAGAGGCCUUCCGCAUCUGUGCCUUCAAUGCUCAGAGGCUGACACUUGCUAAGGUGGCCACAGAACAAGUGAUGGACACCUUAGUUCAGAUCCUGGCCCGCUGUGAUAUCAUGGUGCUUCAGGAGGUGGUGGAUUCUUCCCAGAAAACUGUCUCCCUCCUGCUUCGAGAACUCAAAAGAUUUGAUAGUUCCAACUACUACAGCUCCCUAAACAGCUCUCUGCUGGGGCGCAACACCUACAAGGAGAAGUAUGUGUACAUCUACCGAUCUGACAAGACACAGGUCCUGAAUUCGUACCAGUAUGAUGACACAGAUGACCUCUUUGCCCGUGAACCAUUUGUGGCCCAGUUCACUUUGCCUAGUAAAAUCCUUCCUAGCGUGGUGCUGGUCCCACUGCACACCACUCCCAAAGAUGUAGAGAAGGAGCUGAAUGCUCUAUACGAUGUGUUUCUGGAUGUGUCCCAGCGCUGGCAGAAUGAGAAUGUGAUCCUGCUUGGAGAUUUCAACGCUGACUGUGCAUCACUGACCAAAAAGCGUCUGAACAGCCUGCUGCUGCGGAUUAAACCAGGCUUCCACUGGGUGAUUCCUGACGGGGAAGAUACUACAGUGCGGAUCAGCACCAACUGCACCUAUGACCGCAUUGUGGUGCAUGGACAGGGCUGUCAGAGCCUACUGCAAGCUGCAGCAACCUUCAACUUCCCCAGGAACUUUCAGCUGACUGAGGAAGAGGCCCUGAGCAUCAGUGACCAUUAUCCUGUAGAGGUGGAGCUGAGCCAGGCAGCUCACUGCAUCCAGCUCUUCUCCCUGACCGCCCAACUGCUGCUGUCACUCCUGCUCUCCCAGCUGGACUGAGUGGCCUGACACCUCACUGUGCCUGCUGGCCAUGGACAUGAACAGGAGAUUGCCUUUUGGACUCAUGGACUCCACUGGAGCUGAAGCAAGCAAGUCCUGAGGAUCUUACUACCUUGCCAUUUGCUUUUGCUUUUUGUUUUUUUGAGACAGGGUCUCCCUGUAGCCCCAGCUGUCCUGGAACUAUGUAGACCAGGCUGGCCUUGAACUCACAGAGAUCCGCCUGCCUCUGCCUCCCAAGUGCUGGGAUUAAAGGCCUGCGCCACCAUGCCUGGCUGCUUUUUGCUCUUAUGUGGGGUUUGUACUGUUUAGUAUUCAAGAGGACAAAGGCUGGGGUAUAGCUCAAUGGCAGUGCUCUUGCCUAGACUAUCUAAGGCUCUGAGUUAGAUUCCCAGUAGGGCGAGGGGUAACACAGGAGCCCUGAAGCUGAACCUUUGCCACCCCACCAGAAGUAGAGACAAAGCAGGCUCCAGGGCCAGGAGUAGGCACAGAAGCACAUAAGCUACACUCAGGAAAAGUCACACCCAUCAGAAGACAGAAAGAAAACUGACAGUGAAAACCCAGGUAUCCAAAAACAGCAUUCUAAUUUUUUUUUGGUCUUUUUGAGACAGGGUCUCUGUAGCCCCAGCUGUCCUGUAACUCACUUUGUAGACCAGGCUGGCCUUGAACUCACAGAGAUCCGCCUGCCUCUGCCUCCCAAGUGCUGGGAUUAAAGGCGUGCGCCACCACGCCCAGCUUAAAACAGCAUUCUAUUAAGACUAAUAUAACACAGCUAGGCAUGACAAUACCUGCCUUUAAUCCCAGCAAGGCUAGCCAGGGCUACAGUGAGACCCUGCUGCAAGAAAAAAAAAUCGGAAAAUCAAAACUUCACACCAAAUAAAGCACUCAAGAAAAUGUGAAUUUGAUGGGCAUGGUGGCAUAGGCCUUUAGUCCCAGCACUUGGGAGGCAGAGGCAGGCGGAUCUCUGAGUUCUAGGCCAGCCGGAGCUACAGGGAAACCCUGUCUCAAAGACCAAAAAGGUGAAUUCAUUGUAAACCCUUGCACCAUUACCCUACAAGCAGCUCUAGCAGGAGGUACACCUGUCCCAGAGCACUGCCACCCCGUUACCUGGCUUUGCCUCAGGUUUCGGAUCCAAGUGAUUCUAUUUCUCCCCAAAUAAUGGGGUACAAAACCCGUCUAUGGGCUAGCUUUAGGCCAGUUCCACCUCCACAGAGUUCUCCCACCACUAGAGGCUGUGCCACGGAUGUUGUGUUUAAAAUACUUCAAUAAAGCUACCAAUCUUGGA